AUGCCCACCAGCAUGCCAGGAGCAGCCAUGCUGCGCCAGGCCUUCCAACGGUUCAGCAUCACCACCUCUCCGUCCACCGCCUCCUCUACCUCCUGCACUACCUCCUCCUCGGCCGCUGCCUCUCGGCGGCUGACUCGCACAUUCUCGGCCAGACCUGCCAUGGCAUCCUCAUCAAUACGGCCAGCCAUCGCGGCCCGCACACCCUCCUCCUUUCUCCAGCACCACAUGCGCCGCCCCUUCUCGGCCACCGCCGCCGUGCAGGGCACCUGGCUCGAGCCCCAGCUCGACCGCCGGAAGCGCAUGAUGAAGGGCCGCCCGCGUGUAGCCACGGGCGGCUCUGCCAAGGGCACGACGGUCGUGUGGGGUGACUACGGCCUGCGCAUGUACGACCACCACCGGCGCAUCAGCGCCAAGCAGCUCAAGGUCGCAGAGGACACGAUCAAGCAGCGUUUGCGUGGCCAGAAAUACCGCCUGUACAAGCGGGUGAACUGCAAUGUUGGCGUGUUCGUCAGUGGCAACGAGAUGAGAAUGGGUAAGGGUAAGGGUUCAUUUGACCACUGGGCGGCACGCGUGGCGGUUAAUCGUGUUGUUUUUGAGCUGCGCGGCGCCAUCCACGAACAGGUCGCGCGCGAUGCGUUCCGUCUGGCGGGCAACAAGCUGCCGGGCCAGUACGAGUUUGUGAAGAAGGGUGAUGCACCGGUGGUGGGAAUUACGAAGAUGGAAAACGGCCUGACGCUGGAGGACCUGAAGCGGCCGUGGAAAGCCGCGGCGGAUGUGCCGGCCGUGGAGGAGGCCAGCAGCGGUCCGGCCGCAAGUGCGCCGCCAGCAUAA